AUGUCUGACACGGAGAGCGUGGACUAUCUCCAGGGCGGCUUUGACCCAUGGUCGCUGACCGUCCCGCGACUGCGCUCCAUCCUCGUCACCUACAAUGUGUCCUACCCAGCGACCGCCAAGAAGCAGCAGUUGGUCGACCUCUUCAACGAUAAGGUGGCGCCACAAUCUAAGAAGAUCCUGGCGCAGCGCGCGAGGGCGAAGCGCUCCAGCUACGGCAUCGUCGACGCGGAGAGCUCGCAGGACACGGCCAUCUCCACCGACGACACCCUCAUGCCUCCGCCGAGUACUUCCAAGCGGGCUAGGUCCCCGCGGAAAACCUCCACUCGAGUUAAGAAGGAGUCGGAGGAGCCGGAGCACCUACCCGAACCCGUCGCCAGCCCGACAAAGCGCAAGGGCAGGGCAAGCAGUCGUCAGACGCCGCUCGCGUCGGACACCGACACAGAUUCGCAUGCGGAUGGCAGGAGAUCUGUGAGGAAGCCUCGCCGCAGUGAGCUGCCGCCGCAGGUCAAGGUAGAGGAGUCUGACGAAGACACAAUUGUCAGGCACUCUGCGGACGACGACACUGUGUUCACCAGCGACAACCCAUUCCAGAGUGGAAGCUCUCCACCGCCGGUACCUAAGACUCCAACUAAUCGUAGGAGAACUGCUGGUGUGGAAUCGACCGCAAAGAAGCCUGCAGGCUCGGCGGCAAGGAGAAGAACGGAUGGCCCGGUCGCUGACGACGCUACUUCGCAUUUCUCCAAGUCCUUCGAGAUCCCCGUGAGCAGAUUACGCUCAAAGACGCCGGAGGCACCAGUUGUCGAGGCCGGUGAAGAGUUCACGCCGGAGGAGCAAUUGGCACUGGAGGAGGAAGAGCCCACCAGGGCACAAAAUGCUGUGGUACCUCAGAGGCGGUCAAAGAAGCGAUCGAGCUUGACAACGCCGCUUUGGGUUUUAGCCACAACGUUGCUGGGCGCCUACGCGGCUUGGUACAGACAAGAGAAGAUUGCCGUUGGCUAUUGCGGGCUUGGGCGGCCAGCUACGCAAAUCAUUCCUGCCGACCUCAACUUCGAUAUUCCGGACUGGGCUGUCGCCUUGGCGGAGCCGCAGUGCGAGCCAUGCCCGCCGCAUGCCUACUGCUAUGAGGACUACUCCGUUCGAUGUGAGGACGACUUCAUCCUGAAGAACCACCCACUGUCUCUCGGCGGCCUUGUUCCAAUCCCUCCGACUUGCGAGCCCGACGGUGAGAAGGUCCGUCGGGUUCAGGCCGUGGCAGACAAGGCUGUUGAGGAGCUCCGUGAGCGCCGAGCAAAGUAUGAGUGCGGAGAGCUUGAGGAAGAAGAUGGGAAGCCCGCAACCCCAUCCAUCGCUGAGCCUGUUUUGAAGGAAACAGUCAGCGAGAAGCGGAACAAGAAGAUGAGCAAGCAAGAGUUUGAUGAUUUGUGGGCGGCUGCCUUAGGCGAGAUCGAAUCUAGGGAAGAGAUCCAGGUCGAGGCAGAGACACAACCAGACCCUGCCACCGGCGGAGCCGUUCCAGUUCUCCUCUCGAGCACCUCUCUCUCUCGCGUUCCAAUCACCUGCGCGGUCCGCCGCUCCAUCCGCCUCGGGCUGGCAAGACAUCGACUCGGCAUUGGGGCUGUAAUAGCUUCGAUCCUGUCUUUCUUGUAUGCACGGUCUACAUACCGCUCAUAUCGCGCUACAGCGGCUAAGGUCCCUGGCCUUGUCAACAUUGUCCUCGAGCGUCUCGCCACCCAGAAGGAGUUGGCGUACGAGGAUGGUGGGGAAGAUGACCCGUUCCUCUUCCUGCCGAAUUUGAGAGACGAUGUGCUGCGUAACGUGCACAGCGUGUCAGAGCGCGAGCGCAUCUGGCAGCGGGUCCGCGCCGUGGUUGAGCAGAACAGCAACGUGCGGACGGGCCAGCGCGAGGGCCACAAUGGCGAGGUCGGUCGGGCCUGGGAGUGGAUCGGCCCUAGCAGUGUCGCUGACACCAGCUUCCGACGCCGACGGAGUGGGAGAGUUUCUUGGGGCCCGGACGUCAAGGGCGAGGACGAAUCCCCUCAGCCUCAGCUCGAGAUGUCCGAGAACAGAGCCGGUAUUCAUCGCAAGUGGGAUGAGCCCGGCUCGCGGCCCAUUUACUAG